AUGGCGUUUCUUGCUUUCCAUCUAACUCGGAAAACUUUUAAUCCAAAUGUUUUGGUAGGAAACUGGUUUGAGGAGCGUUGUGAUCGCAUGGUCGACAAGCAAGCCAUUGUGCCAGGUGUUUACGGGCAUUCCAAAUGUGCCGCUGAGCAAAGCAUUUAUGUCACAACUUAUCAGCGUCCAGUAACGGAGAAACAGGACUUACAGGAAAGUAAAAAACGAAGUUUCGUCAACAGACUUAAUAGCCAUGAGACCCAUUUCAGAACGAAGGACUCUGAUUUAUACCUGAAGAACAUGACGACCACAUCGGAUGUUGUGUAUAAUAUACGACCAGCAAAAGUACGAGCCGAAGCCGAAGGUGGUGGGAAGCUGAUAGAGAAAACUGAAGAUUUGUUGGGCCCACAUUAUGAUGCGACGGAGACUGGCCUAAUUCGCAGUUUGCAUUGUGAACGGAUGCGCGAAGAGGCAUUACGGAAUCGCACCACGUAUAACAGUGAUUUUCCAGAGAGGCCGUUGCGACCACGCGAAAAGACUUUGCUGGAACUUCGCCGAAAAUGUAAGCAGUCGCCACCAUUUAGCACAGACGAGUAG